GGGAGAAAAUGGCUUCGCAGUCGCGGCGAGUGCAGGUGGAUGCAACGAGGGUGCUGGCGGAGCUGCUUCAGGCCAAGGAGCUGGAGGCCACUGUACGGGAGCGCGUGGACGAUCUGUCGGAGGAGUUUUUCAUGGUUGCAUCCGCCUACGUGGACAUGGCUCGUAAGGAAGGCAACCCUGAGGUGGUGCAGCAGUUGGAGACAGUGCUGAAAGUGGCCAUGGUGGAGAAAGAAAAGACACUCAGACCAGAAAUCCGCAUGCUGAACCAGCUUCUGCGUGAUAAGACGCCUGCAGACCGUGCUAAAACUCUAGUGGCAUAUGAGGAGUACCUCGUUGCAGGGAGCUACUUCUUCCACCUGCUCAACCGCAUGCUGGUAGAUGUGGAGUCACAGAAGCCUCCUCAAACCAAGCUGCUUUCACAAUUGCGCACAAUCAACCGAGAGGUGCCGGUUUCCAUGCACGAGACUCGCCGUCUGCCCCCGGUCCUGUCGCUUCCUGAUGCGAUUAUUGCUCUCUCUGCUGCUCUCUCCAACCUCGCCGCCUCCCCGCCCUGCUUCCCCUCUGGGGUAAUUCGACUUGAGGUUCCUCUUCCUCCUGACCUCAAUGCCCUCGCAUGGCUGGCAGCACAGCGACCAGCACCAUCACCACCACAACCGGCAGCAGCAGCAGGAGCAGCAGCAGCAGCAGCAUCAGGGCAACAAUCAGCUACUGAUUCAGUAGCACCCGCAGUAGAGCAACCACCAGCGCAAGCAGCAGCACGACAAGCCAACCUGGCAUCCUCUCUGUCCAGUUCCCCCUCCCCUCCCCCUGGCCUCUCCCCCCGCAUCUACUUCUCCCCCCGCGCUCCCAGGGGCACCCGCUCCCUCUCCGCCCAGGCACCCUCCGAGCCUGCGCCGGACGGGGCGAGCUGGUCCGGCAUUGAUGGCUCAGGAAUAGGCUCGGUGGCGGGUGUGGGUGCAGCGGUGAUGCUGAAAGGGGAGGGUGAGGGGUUCAAGGCGAGGCAUUGGAGGCAGAUCCGCAGGUACCUCUCAGACUCAUCCCCAAGCGUGCGCUUCUUUGGGGGCAUUCGCUUUGAUGCAGAGGCACCCACGGCCCAUGAGUGGGCCCCCUUCGGCACCUUCCUCUUCCUCAUCCCCCUCGUACGUCUGCCAGACUGUCUGGUGCUUGCUCUUGGUGACGUGCCAGACUGUCGCAGGAAUUCUGGCACGUUUCUGUUCCUCAUCAUCCAUCCCCCUCGUACUUACUCCCAGGCUGUGGAGCUGCGGGAGUGUGAGGACUGCAGUGUGCUCGCCUGCCACGUGCUCUGGGACCCCUUCUUCCAGCACGCAGCAGAACCUGUAGACGCAGCAGCACAAGCACCAGCAGCACCAGUAGAAGCGGCGGCAGCAGCAGCCGCAGAGGGAGCGGGUAGCUCUGUGCCCUCCGUGUCACGGCAUCGGCCAGCAGCCACUGUGUUGGAGGCAGUUACAGCAGCGCGUCAGGCUCUGUCUCUGGUCCGUCCUGUUUUCAGCACUCCCCAUCCGCCACGCAUCUCAACACAAGUCACCUCCAAAGCAGUGGCACCAGACGAGCUGCUGUGGCACCUAGCUGUAGAGCGCACACUCCAAAGCCUGGGGCACAGAGGCACACAGGGGGGCGAGAGAGACGGGCGCGCGGGAGGAGCUGGGGAUGGGGAGGGAGCGAUGGGGGGAGAGAGGGAGGGGCGUGGGGAGGGAGGGGCUGGGACGCAGAGUCAGCAGAGUCAACAGAGUCAACAGAGUCAACAGAGCCAGCAGAGCUGGGGGGAUAAGCCGUGGAUGCUUGAGCCUAGUAGGAUAGACCAGAUGCCUCUGUCUAAAGUGGUGAUGGCUAGACGCACUGCCUUGACCACUGUUGACCCGGUUGACCCGGUUGUGCUGCUGGGAGCUCUGCAGGCAAGGGAUCCCAGCGCCUUUCAGUUUCUCCUGGAGCCUCAUGCAGGCUGUGCCUUUGUCUCCUCCACGCCCGAGCGUCUGUUUGCGCGCAAGGGCCUGGCAGUGACGAGUGAGGCGGUGGCAGCAACGCGGGCGAGAGCUCAGGCACCAGCUGAAGACCACAGCAUUGCCCUCGGUCUGCUGCUCAGCAACAAGGAUCAUGAGGAGUUUGAGAUCGUGCGAGAGAGCGUGCACAGACAUCUAGCGGGCGUGUGUGAGAGGGUGCAAGUGGAGGAGUACAAGCGGAUCAUAUCACAGCACAGGGUGCAGCACCUCUACGCUCGCAUCAAUGGCCGCCUCUUCAACACUGCAGGAGAGUUCAACCUGCUGACCUCACUGCACCCAACACCAGCUGUGGCCGGCCAUCCCCAGAAGCAGUCCCAGCAGGCUAUCCGCUUCGCAGGUACCCUUUUCCCCUUCCACAGGGAGCAGUCCCCUUCCACAGGGAGCAGUCCCCUUCCACAGGGAGAGUCCUUUGACAGAGGCCUAGGCCUGUACGCCGGACCUGUAGGGUGGUUCGGCGCCGAUGCUUCGGAGUUUGCAGUGGGCAUCCGAUCCGCGCUCGUCCAAUCAGGAGCCAGCAUGGCGCCAUGGGAGGAGCAACUUGAGGGCAUGGAUGGAGAGAGAAAGGAGGAGCAAGGGGAGAGGAGGAACAAGGGUGGGGGUGGUGGGCGAGUGUUGCUGUAUGCGGGAGUGGGGGUGGUGAAGGGUGCAAAGGCAGCUUCUGAGUGGAGUGAACUCAACUUGAAAACACGACAGUUUGAGGCGCUGCUAGGGGGAGCCCCUGUUCCUGUCCCAGGGGGGGGAGCAGGUGCGGGGGCAGUAGCAGCCGGGCAGGUGGAUUUGGAGGGGCAGCCGAAUAUAAACUUUGUGUGGUGUCGCAUGGCUGUGGAGGAGUGUGUGCGACUUGGGAUCACGUACUUCUGCAUAGCGCCGGGGUCGCGCUCGUCCCCGCUCUCCAUAGCAGCGGCUACCAACGCGCAUGUGACCACCGUGGUGGCCAUUGACGAGCGCUCCCUCGCCUUGCACGCCUUUGGCUACGCCCAUCCAUGUGCCCACCCAUGGCCCUCGCCGGGGUCGCGCUCGUCCCCGCUCUCCAUAGCAGCGGCCACCAACGCACUCGUGACCACCGUGGUGGCCAUUGACGAGCGCUCCCUCGCCUUCCACGCCCUUGGCUACGCCAUGGCCGCCCGCCGCCCCGCUGCCAUCAUCACCUCCUCCGGAACUGCCGUGGUGGAAGCCAGUCAGCAGCACGUGCCGUUGCUCGUGCUCACUGCCGAUCGACCUGCCGAGCUGCGCGACACAGCUGCAAACCAGACCAUCGACCAGGUGCAUCAUUUCGGGACCUUUGUUCGCUAUCAAGCCGAUGUUCCAGCACCUUCCGACAAGGUCCCUGCCAGGUUCGUCCUCACCACCAUCGACACUGCUGCCUUCCGAGCCUGUGCCGAGCCUCCAGGCCCGGUGCACCUCAACUGGCAAUUCCGGGAGCCUCUGGCGCCCAGCCCACAACCCUGGAGCCGAACCUGCCUGGCAGGCUUGCAUCGUUGGCAAACUUCCGUCCAGCCUUUCUCGCAACCACUUGGUGUGACCACAGCUGGUGCUGUGGUUUCUGCUGCUAUUGAGGCUGAUUCCUUCGUUGCUUCGCUCCCUGCUUUUGCUCUGCGUCGCCUUGGUCUGCCUGCUUCUCUGAGUGCCGGUGUGGCAGCAGGAGCAGCGAUGGGGGCAGGAGCAGAGGGAAUGGGAACAGGAAUGGGGAACACUGCGGCUGGCAUGGGUAUUCACAGGGAUACGGGCAUUGGCAACAGUAUGGGCAGCACGAGUAUGGUUACACUAAGCGCCGAGUUCCAAGAUGUGCUGUCUCUUCUGCGCUCAGCAAAGCGCGGCAUCAUCCUGGUCGGCAGUCUGCCGUCCGCGCGCGACGCCUGGGCGGCGUCACUCGUUUGCAAGUGCCUGCAAUGGCCAGUGGCUGCUGACGCUCUCUCAGGGCUGCGAGUGUGGAGAACACAAAGGGGGAGUGGGGGAGGUGGGAGAGGACGAGAGCAAGGAGACAGAGGCGGAGUGGGAGAAAGAGGGGUGGCGGCGAGUGGGUGUGGAGGAGAGAGUGGUAUGGUAGGAGCAUUCUAUCUGGAUCAUGUGUUGCUGGAUAAGGGCGCAGCUGAAGCUGUGGCUCCUGAUGUUGUGCUACAGCUAGGAGGCCCUCUGGUGGGCAAGAGACUACCAGGAAUGGUGGAAGCAGCAGCCACUGCUCCCCCCUCCUCCUCCUCCUCUCAUCCCUUCCGUGCGUAUAUCCUCGUGAACCCCUCACCUCGCCGCAUCGACCCUGCCCAUGCUGUCUCGCACCGCCUCCACAUGCCUCUCCCUACCUUCGCCUCUGCUCUUGCAACUGCUCUGCCGUUCAUGGGGCGAGCAGGGAGUGUGGGAGGCGGAGGGGGAGGAGGAGGGGGAGACGGAGAGUGGGGAGGAGAGGGAGAGAGGGAUGGGGUUGUGGAGGAGGGUAUGGGGCAUGCAGCUCUGGUGGAGUUUCUUUCUGAUGCGGUGGGUGUUGAUAAGCGAGUUGGCAAGGGGCUUUCCCUUGCUCUAAAAUUCCCCUCCCAAGUUCCUGAUGAAGCAUGGGUUGGCAAAGAGCUUUCCCUCGCUUUGAACUUCCCCUCCCAAGUGCCUGAUGAAGCAUGGGUAGCUCGCACCGUGGCAGCAUGCCUGCCUGACGGCCAUGCCCUGUUCCUGGGGAACAGCAUGCCCAUCAGAGAUAUCGACAUGUACGCUGCUGCUCCCUCCUCCUCCUCCCCCUUCUCUGCCCCUCACCGCGCGCAUCCCCCUGUUGCUGCGGCUUCUACUGCUGGCGCCGCUGCUGGUUCUGGUGCUAUUGCUGCUAAUGGUGCUGCAGCUGCAGAGAGGCUUUUGGGGACGUGGGAGGAGGGAGGUGGGGAGAGAGUGUGGGGCGGGGUGCGAGUGGCGGGGAACCGGGGGGCGAGUGGGAUUGACGGAGUGGUCAGCACGGCUGUUGGCUUUGCAGCGGGCAUUCAGCAACCGGUAUCGUUGCUGAUUGGUGACGUGUCUUUCCUGCACGACUCCAACUCACUCGCUCUUCUCUCUGCUGCCCGCCGUAGUGUAUGUGAUGCGUUCCUUUUACUACUCCUGUCUGCUCGUGUAGUUCUGAUUCAUCUGUCUUUCCAUCCCAUCCUUAUCCCCUUCCUCCCGUCCACGCAUCAGGUCAGGGCAGCCGCCAGUGGCAGUGGUGGUGGGGAACAACGGGGGGGGGUGGCAUCUUCAGCCUCAUUAGAAGCGCCUAUAUUACCUCCAUUACAGACUCAUCCUUCCCCCGUCCCCCUUGCCCCUCCGCGCAUCAGGUCAGGGCAGCCGCCGGUGACAGUGGUGGUGGUGAACAACGGCGGGGGUGGCAUCUUCAGCCUGUUGCCAGUGGCAGGCACGCUGGACUCACAUGUCUUCUCUGAACUCUUCUCCACGCCGCACCAAGUGCAGCUGCACCACCUCUGCAAGGCGCACAGAGUGGCGUAUUUCCGGGCCACCACGCGCACCUCCCUCCUCUCGUCCCUGCAGGCAGCAUGGGCCACGCAUCGCCAUGCGGUGGUGGAGGUGCAGGUUCCCCCCAUCCACCUUAACGUGCUCUCCCACCGCCUCCUGCAGGCCGCUGCUAGGGCGACUGCUGCCCGUGCUCUCUCGCUGUUUCUGAGCCAGAGGGACGGGCGUGCUGGGUUGGAAGGGGAGAGGGGUGGGGGAGAGGAGGGGAUUGGGUUGGGAGCGGGGGUUGCUGGUGGCGAGAGCGGAGACGGCAGCGGAGAGGGGAGCAGGGAGGGGAAUAGAGAGGGGAGCAGGAAGGGGAGCGGUGGGAGGAAUAGUGGAUCACUUGUUGUGGCAGAGACCAGUAUUGAACGAAUCAGGGUGGUUCUGAGGGAGCCCCCAACGUCAGUGGAUGUGGCUGGAGCAGCACUGCCGCAGUCAGAAAGGGAGGGGCUGUUGUUGCAUGUGCGCCUGGAAGGGGGCGCUCUGGGCACAGGCGAGGAGUCCCUCCUCCUAGACGCGCACGAGCAGCUGUACCUGCUCUCCCACAAUUCUGCUCCCGUGUUCUUCCUGCAAUUCUCCCCGGUCCCUCCCCCACAUCCCACAGUGCGGUGCUGCGGGUUGCUGGACGGUUCCAGGGGGUCCAUUCCCUCCGUGUCCCGUGCAGCAGCGCACCUAGUCCACUCCCUCGGCUUCACAGCCCUCAAAAUCAAAGUAGCCAGACGCGCUUCCCCAUCAGAAGACGCAGCAAUGGUACUGGCUGUCCGUGAAGCAGUAGGCCCGAGAAUCCACCUCAGAGUCGACGCGAAUCGAAGCUGGUCCUUGCCGCAAGCUGUGGAGUUCGGCCGGCUUGUAGCAUCCUGCAACCUGGCCUUCAUAGAAGAACCAGUUCCGAAUCUGCAUCUUCUUUCCGAGUUCUACCAGGCAACCGGUCUCCCUUUCGCUCUGGACGAGUCUUUAGACGAUGCGCUUCUCCUCCCGCCUUCCCAUGACACUCCCACUCUCGCGCUCUCCGCUUCUCUCGACUGGUCGGGGUUGGCAGCAGUCGUUGUGAAGCCGUCUAGACUGGGCGGCAUGGAGGUGGCGGCAGUGGUGGCCAGAUGGGCGGCGUUGCUCGGCGCGGAGUGCAUCGUGAGCUCGUCGUUUGAGUCCCGGCACGGGCUUGCUUCGCUCUGCCACUUUGCUGCUUUCCUCGACACGCACCCGUUCCCGUCCCCGCAACCAUCGCAAGCACAGGAUUCUGGUUCGUCAAGUCCCCCUGAGUCUCCUCCUGCGUCUCCCACUGCUGUGGCUCAUGGGCUAGGUACUUUCCAGUGGCUUGUGGAUGGAUCAGGAAGGGAGGAGGAGGGGGAGGAGGCGGAUGAGGAGGGGGAGCCGGAGGGGAAGGGUAAAGAAGUGGAGUGGGGAGAGCAGAGAAGUGCGUAUGCGGAAGGGUUGGAUAGGGUUUCCCGUUCUCCUCCUCUCUUAAUUGAUGAGAGGAGUUCAGACGGCCAGCUUGGAGUGCUGCUUUCCGCGCGAUCUGGUGUUGGUGGGGCCAGUGGGAUGCUGACAUGUGGAGUGCUUGGCACGUCAGAUUCAGCUGCUGUUGUGGGGACAGAAAGGGAGAGAGCUGCUUCCAGGGAUCAAGAAGCAACAAUUAGGAAAGAGGCAGAAUCGACAGCAGAAGGAGCAGCAGAGUUAGUAGCACAGUUAGCAGCAGCAGCGAGUCCAAAGUGGGAAGAACGCAGAGAAACAGUAACGCUAAGCAACGGGGGAACGGUUGACUUCAACAUCCUAGUAACACCUUCCUCCUCGCACUCUUCCUCCCCGCACUCCUCCCCAGACUCUCCUCUCUCUUCCUCUAGAUCGUCUCUCCCUCCAGCCACCCCCCCACCAACUCUCGUCUUCCUACACGGUUUCCUUGGCUCGCUCGCUGACUGGCUUCCCCUUGCCGACUCCCUCUCUCUCUCCUUCCCUUGCGCCCUCGUCUCGUCAGCGGUCAUCAUAUCGGGAAGCCCGGGGAUCAGAGAAGCAGCCGCUCGUGCUGCUCGUGCGGAGAGUGACGAUUCGCUAGCAGCAGUGCUGACGGCGGGUGGGCUGGAGCAGUAUGUUCACUCGUGGUACCAGCAACCACUGUGGGCCAGCCUGCGCACCCACCCAUGCUUCCAGCCCAUGCUUGCCCGCCGCUUCGCCUCCUCUCCCUCCGCCUCCCACACUUCUCCCCGCACUGACGGCACCGGUCCACCCAUGGUGGUGUUUCCUGGGGGCACAGAGGCAGGCCUGGCCAUGGCUCUCAGAGGACUCAGCACCGGAAGACAACCUUCGCUCUGGGACGAGCUCACCACCUCGUCCACGCCACUGCUGCUCGUGGCUGGCUCCCUCGACUCCAAGUUCGUCUCUAUCGCCCACCAGAUGAGCACAGCCACAGCUGCCCCUGCAACAGCAGCAGCAGCAGCAGCAGCAGCAGCAGCAGCUUCAAGCAGCGGCCGUGCCAGCACCCUGCAGCAGCAGCUGCAGCAAGAGCAGGAGGACCGGGAGCAGCAGGAGCAGGAGGAAGAGGAUCAGGAGCUUUUCUUCCCAGCUGGUUCGCCAGUGGAGAGCCGAGACUCAGACUUUCCUUUCUCUCUCAACCUGCCUAGCGUUGCCGCAUUUAAAUCUGCUAUCCUGGGCGGGCAGGCAUGGGAGGAGGAGGAGGAGCAGCAGUACGAGGGGAACGUGGUGGGGGAAGGGGACGAGUUUGAAGAGGAGAUUGGGGUGAAUGGGAGUGUGGGUGGGAGUGGUGGUGGUGACGGUGGUGGGAAGCGGCGCAGCAGCAGGUUUGAUGGUGCGUGGGCGGCAGAUAUGAAGCGAGUGCACCUGGAAGAGUCGCUUGGUGCUGCUCCAGACUUAUCGACAAACGACAAGUCAUUGGGGCUCCCCAUAGAAGCAGCCAAGGCUGUUCUUAUAACAGGCGGUGCAGUGAGUGUGGCAAUAGUGGACGAAGCAGGGCAUGCCAUUCAUGAAGAGAGGCCCGAGGCGUUGCUUCCGCUUAUUCGCCUCUUCGCAUCGAAUGUUGGUAGUCAGGCUGGUGCGGAGUAA